CCAAGAGUCAUGGAAUCCAACCCACCAAACAACUCUACUGUUAUUGCUCUCCUAAAACAUGCCUUUCCGAUUUCUGAGCAACGCUUCCGCCAUGAAACUAUUCUCAAGGACAUGUCCUCCUCGUUUGCAACAUCUCAUUAAAUCCUUCUCAACUACGCCAUCUACCUAUUUCGCCAUUACAGCUCCUAUUUCCCUCCUGAAUGCAGAUCUGAUCACCACCUAUUCUCCUCUAAAACCCCAAAACAGGAACACCUUUUAUGCCCUGACUCAAUCCAGGGCCUUUUCUUCUUCAAGCAUAAGCCCAUCUAAGGAGCCUUUGGAAUCCAUGGAUUCCAACUCUUCUCCUUCCCGCACCAUUCCUGUUGUUUCCACUUUUGCUAACCCUUUUGACACUUCUACUUCGAUCGACGCAAGUUCUUCGAUCAGAAAACCUAUUAGUCUAUGGCCUGGGAUGUAUCAUUCUCCUGUGACAAAUGCUCUAUGGGAAGCGAGGUCGAGCAUCUUUGAGAGACUUAUUGACCCACCACUCGAUGCACCUACACAAAGUGAAUUGCUCACAAAAACUCCAUCCCAGAGCCGAACAAGUGUUCUGUACAAUUUCUCCACUGAUUACAUCCUUAGGGAGCAGUACAGAGACCCAUGGAACGAGGUCAGAAUAGGAAAGCUGCUUGAAGACCUCGAUGCUCUUGCCGGUACCAUAUCUGUAAAGCACUGUUCCAAUGACGAUAACAUGACAAGGCCUGUGUUGUUGGUAACCGCCUCUGUUGACAAAAUGGUUCUGAAGAAGCCGAUUUGCGUUGAUAAGGAUUUGAAAAUAGUCGGUGCUGUCAUAUGGGUUGGGCGGUCAUCCAUUGAGAUUCAACUAGAAGUGACUCAAUCCACUGAAGAGAGCUCUGAUCCUUCAGAUGCAGUAGCUCUUACAGCAAACUUCACAUUUGUUGCUCGUGACUAUAAGACAGGAAAGUCUUCUCCUGUGAAUCAGAUUUCCCCUGAGACUGAUAAAGAAAGGAUGCUUUGGGAAGAAGCGGAUGCAAGAAACAAGCACCGGAAAAGAAAAAGAGAAAAUAAGAGAGGGGUUGAGAAUGGUGAUGUUAAUAGGCUAGAGUCGUUGUUGGCAGAAGGACGGGUCUUCUGUGACAUGCCGGCUUUGGCAAACAGAGACAGCAUUCUUAUAAGGGAUACAUGCCUUGAGAACUCUUUGAUUUGCCAGCCACAACAGAGAAAUAUCCAUGGUAGGAUCUUUGGGGGGUUCUUGAUGAAUAGAGCAUUUGAAUUAGCCUUCUCAACUGCAUAUGCCUUUGCUGGUGCAGCGCCCUGUUUUCUAGAAGUUGACCAUGUUGAUUUUUUAAGACCUGUGGAUGUCGGGAACUUCCUCCGUCUCAAAUCAUGUGUUCUUUACACAGAACUAGGGAAUCCACAGAGUCCAUUAAUCAACAUAGAAGUUGUUGCCCAUGUAACGAGGCCAGAGCUACGGUCUAGUGAGGUGUCAAACACUUUCUACUUCACGUUCUCUAUUCGGCCAGAGGCUAUGAAAGAUGGAUUAAAGAUUCGGAAUGUCGUUCCAGCUACAGAAGAGGAAGCGUUGCGGAUACUUGAACGAAUAGAUGCUGAGAACUUAGACUCAGAAUGUAGUUCCACCUUCAGAAGAGGAAGCACUGGAUAAUUGAAUGCAUGGAUGGGUGAUACCUUGUCAAAUCAUGACAAAGAGAAGACUACAAUAAA